AUGAGUGAGAAUCGCCCACUUCGCGCAAGAAGCGCCUCUCCGAGAGUGCGCCUAUCAGGCGAUCAUUCGCGUCGUGGCAAUGGCCCAAAUGAGGAUUUUGUUUUAGAGGCAUACACACGUCUUGUCGAACGUUCUAUAAGACGAGAUCCAUUCACAUAUCCCGUUGGCACUGUAGCCCCUAGAGGAAGAAGCCCAGAACGCGCGACCACCACCGAGACACAGCAAUGCUCAACAGCAAGAAUGUCUAUGAGGACCAAUACAACAGAUUGUGCGAAAUGUUGA